AUGCCGCAACGGGAGCGGGUGGCCAAGGGCUCGAUGGAAGCCCAUGUCUCGGUAGAAGAAGAAGUAACCCAUCUAGUAACGGCUUUUGAUCACACCUUUCCCACCAAAUUAUUCUACGAGGCCGAAAACUGCCACCCAAUUAGUCGUUCUGUAUUUGAGAAGUGCGUCGUGAUUACCCGUACUCUUCACGUGAUUGUUAUUGAUAUCAAGCAAUACAGGGACACAGAGCUGCAGGAAUAUGGUCGUAAGUGCAUAUGGCUAUUCUUCCGUGUACAUUACAUCAAGGAAUACCGUCACCAAUGCGGCAUGUCCGGCAAAGCACUUGUGGGCGGCCCAUCAUCAGCCCCACUACGGCGAAGGUCUCGAAUCGGCAUACCCAAUCUCCGAAGCCCUAACUCGUCAACCUCCAUAUUCCUAAUUUCCUCCCAAUAUCACAUCAAUCAAAUCACGGAAGGGUGGCCGAGUUGGUUAUGGCGCCAGGUUAAGGUCAGCUCAACAUCUGUUUCCUGGUGGGGCAACCCGCGCGAGUUCGAGUCUCGUCCCUUUCAUUUUGCUGUUUUGUAG